GAGAGUGGGGGGCGAUGGCGAAGCUCCGGGUGGCUUACGAGUACACGGAAGCCGAGGACAAGAGCAUCCGGCUCGGCUUGUUUCUCAUCAUCUCGGGCGUCGUGUCGCUCUUCAUCUUCGGCUUCUGCUGGCUCAGUCCCGCGCUGCAGGAUCUGCAAGCCACGGCGGCCAACUGCACGGUGCUGUCGGUGCAGCAGAUCGGCGAGGUGUUCGAGUGCACGUUCACCUGUGGCGCCGACUGCAGGGGCACCUCGCAGUACCCCUGCGUCCAGGUCUACGUGAACAACUCCGAGUCCAACUCCAGGGCGCUGCUGCACAGCGACGAGCACCAGCUCCUGACCAACCCCAAGUGCUCCUAUAUUCCUCCCUGUAAGAGAGAAAAUCAGAAGAACUUGGAAAAUGUCAUGAAUUGGCAACAGUACUGGAAAGAUGAGAUUGGUUCCCAGCCAUUUACUUGCUAUUUUAAUCAAUAUCAAAGACCAGACGACGUGCUCCUGCACCGCACGCACGAUGAGAUUGUCCUCCUGCACUGCUUCCUCUGGCCCCUGGUGACAUUUGUGGUGGGCGUUCUCAUUGUGGUCUUGACCAUCUGUGCCAAGAGCCUGGCCGUCAAGGCGGAAGCCAUGAAGAAGCGCAAGUUCACAUAACGGGGAGCAGGCCCGCAGGGAACAAAGCACAGAAGCUGCACUUGCUGGCACACGCCCACCUGCAGAGCCCGUGUUUCCUGGUGCAGGUGACGACGGAGGGGGCCGCAACAGGUCUCCGAGAGGCUCCUCCCUCCGAGGCGGCAGAAGCAGGCACAGUGGAAGCCUUGGAACCUCAUCGCUUGUAUUCUGUGUGUCUCACCAUGGCUGAAGGGUCAAGUUCUGAGCUGUAUGGAGUAACUGUUUCAGAAAACCCAAUAAGAAGUUCAUUUCUUUGGAAAGUAACAGUAUAUUCUUUGUAUAGUGUAGUAUACAAACUAUUAUGAUUUAUGCUACUUAAAAUAUUAAAAUAGAGUGGUCUGUGUUCUUUUCUAUUUCCUUUUUUAUGCUUAGAACCCAGGAUUAAAAAAAAAAAAUCUUGUGGUUUAUAUUUGAUUCUGCUAGAUUAAACUUUUACUUGACAAUGAGAAUUCCCGCAGAACUCUUGACCUCACUGUAUGACCCUCAGGUUCCAUUAUUAAAAAGAGUCUUUUGCUUCCUGCUUGAAAACAGGAAUACUGUGUUGGUAACUUGGUCUCCAGGCAGUUCUGUGUCUCAUAAGCACGGGACCCUCAAAGGCUGGGGAAAUGCAUCUACCAGCACCUGCCUUU